GAAAGUGAACUUUUAAAUUCUAACGACGUCAGAUUCUAUCACGAGGAAAUAGUUAAACCACGAUUAAUUUUACAAUCUAACGAAAAAAAACGAUUCAAGCUUCGAUAUCGUCCUAUAGAAAUGGGAGAUCAUCGACAAAGUUAUACUUUCUCGAUAGUCGACAAUCCUCACACUACAUAUCAUAUCGAAGUUAAUGGAAUUGCGUCGAUACCGAGACUUGAUAUGAAUCCUUACAUAAUUUUUGAAAAAAUAAUGGAGAAGAAAAUAGAUGAAACAAACGAACCUUCGUUUAUUUUGGAUGAUGGUAUAUUCGAUUUUGGAUCUUUGGUAUUACUCAAAAAAGAAAAAAGAUCAUAUCAUUCUGCAGUGAAAUUCACUUUAAGGAAUAUAACACCAAUAGAGGCAGAAGUAUCGUUAUGUUUUAAUGAUAGCAAUGCAAAUGAAUUUAAUGUUCAACCAGAAACAUUGAUUAUUCCUCCCUACGAAGAUAGGAAGGUGACCAUAUCAGCCGAGAUCAAUAAACUCGGUCCAUUUUAUAACAAAUUAUAUAUUUGUACAAAAAAUAAUCCACAGAUCGAUAUGAUCGAAUUACGAUGUUACGGCAUUAAAUUGGAGGUUGAACUCGAUGAGAAACAAUUAUCUUUUGGGCGUGUACUUCUCUACAGAAAGGUAGAUCAUUUUACUACCAUUCGAAAUAGAUCCACAGUACCGAUAUUCUGGCGUAUCGAAUGUAAAGAACCUUUCGAGGCGCAAAUAACAUUUAACCCAAAAGAAAACCUUCUAUUACCUUUAAAAGAACAAAGGAUCGAAUUUUCCUACGAUGCCAGCACGGUUAUAGAAAAAAAAAUGGAUUUUCAAAUAUUUCUGCACGAGGACGAUGAAGAUCCCGUUAAUACCGACAUUAUUACAAUUUUUGCUGAGACAUACGACGUAUUGGUUGACAUAAAUUAUGCCAAUCCGAUCGAUUUAAAAUUUGUCAAGGUCGAUCAUCCUGUCAAUGCACAUUUCGAUAUAAAAAAUCGUGGAAAUUACGAAAUUCAAUACACUAUCAAUUUCAACGACAACGCAAAGCUAAACAAUAACCUUGCCAGACCGACAAACGUGAAAAAAAAUCUUGAGAUUAAUCCAGUUAUCGGUACGAUACAGCCACAGAAAACAGUUACGGUGGAAAUGACGUUUUUACCAAAAAAUGAGAUCCAUUUAAUAGGAGCACCGAUAUUAAUCUGUCACAUUCUCGAUCCUAAUCAACAACCGAUGAUUGUAGCAGAACUUCCUUUGACCGUUUCCCUUCAAGCUUAUUAUAACAAAUUCAAUAUAAAUCCUUAUUCUGAAAUAAAUUUCGGCAUGAUCCCGAUUUGCACUAAAAAGAUCAUGAAUCUCGAUAUCGAAAAUACAGGAGUCGUCAAGUUUCAUUAUAUAAUACACAUUCCAGCAAAAUCAAUGUUCUUGCCUGUUAGUGUAAGAAAAGAAGAACGAACGAAGAAAUUAAAUACCGGAAGGGACACAGAAAUCUUGAGUAAAAGGGAAAAGAAAUCGAUGAAGACUGAAAAAACAGACAUGAAUGUUAAGAGCACGUUAAAUAUUGGUCCAUUUACAUUAAUGAAAAUAGAGGCUGACGUCGAGGCCGGACAGACCGAUACUAUAGUAAUCGAAUGUUACCCGGAAAUAGUUGGCUCUCAAGAAGAACAGAUUGUUGUUUUUGUUCCGGAUACUGUUAUGGAAUACAAAGAUGGGAAAAAAUUAGUUCUGCGCGUUGAGUCUUCCAUUCCAUUGAUCGAUUUCACGAAUUUAGAUAAUAUGUUUCGAAGCAAUCAUAUUGUUGAUAACAUAGAAGACUUUCUAUGUCCCAAAGAGAUCGGUGCUCACACAGUGUUCGCACGUCAACCAAAGUGCCUCCAUUUUCGUCGCGUCACUAUGUCAAACGCAUACACGACUUGUUUCGAGGUCCACAAUAGAGGUAUCGUACCUGCUGACAUAAUAGUCAAAGCUUUCGUGAAAAGGCCUUCGAACGUGAAAGCUACAACUUUCAUUGUGGAACCACAAAAGGAACGGAUACCAGCUCAUAGUUAUAAAAGGAUCAACAUCACUUUCUCUCCUGCGUUGAUCGAAACCUAUUAUGGGUAUUUAGAGAUCUCGGUAAACUUGCCAGUUCAUAUAAAUACAGAAAAAUUAAUGAUUGACCUAAUCGGUGAAGCCUGCGUGCCGGAAAUAACAAUAACGGAACCAACAAUCGGUGGUGUACAUGAUAGAUCAAUCAUAAGAUUUCAUCGUACACUCGUAGAAGAAACGAGUAUUGAAAAAUUUUCUUUUGAAAAUAUCGGAUUUGUUAAAGCAAAUGUUAUCGUUGAAAUUUAUGAUGAUCCCAAUAGUAUCUUCAGCUUCUCAGCUACUCCCGACACUCAGACUCUUCUACGUACAACGGAUUAUGAGGACGAUGUUCGUGACAAACGAUGCUUCACCGUUGUUACUCGUAUGAUGCCACAAGAUGUUGCAAGUUUCGAAGUUAUGUUUUCACCGAAAUAUAUUGGAAAGUAUACAGGUCGUAUACGUCUUUUUAUCGUUGAUAAUCCUUAUGACAAUUUAACGAUCGAUCUCGAAGGUGAGAGCUUCCUCGAAUCGAUCGUACUUCAGGAUUUAGAGUUUCUUAACUUCAAGUCUAACAAUCGUCGAGAAUUGAACUCGAAGAAAAAUAAAUUAUCUUCUAGCUCGUUAACAGAUACAACACCACCUGUAUUUCUCUCUUAUAAAUUGGAUUACGGUACGUGUCAGAUCAACAAAAUGUAUAAAAGAACAUUCAAGAUCGUGAAUAAAACUUUGGAUCGAUGUUUUCGUUUUCAAUGGACCGCUCAUCCCAACGUAGUUUUCGAACCAUCGAUUGGACAUCUUCAACAUUCAACGAGCAAACAAGUUACUGCUACUUUGCUCGAAUCUGAACCUAAGAGACAUGAUGUAACCAAACUAGAGUGUGUCGUUUCGCAAAUCGAAAUUUCGAACUACACGGGGGAAAAUUCUUGGGACGAUAGGCAAACCAUCGUACGUUGGGAGAAAAUCGAUAUCGCCGAUAGUAAUAAAGAGGACAGCUUAUCGAAAAAGAACGUAGAACCAACUAACGAGCCAGAACAUGCUACAAUACCUGGGACAACUAGAUGUAUACUUUUGUUAAUAAACGCAAUAAUAGGAUUUUCAGAAUAUUCUUGUUCGACGACUUCGAUUGAUUUCAAGGACACACUUAUGUUCCAAAAACGUGAAUACACGUUCACCUUAUCAAAUCCAAGCGAUGUUAAUACGGAUUAUGUUUGGAUGAUAAAUAUGGAUGAAGAAUAUCCAAAACGAAUAUCAGGUAGUACGAUACGCCUCAGCGAAAAAUCGAGAUCUUGUGAAUUUCGAUCUCGGUCAGGAUCGAAAUCAUCACGAGGAGUUCUUUAUCCGACUGAAAAGAAUGAUAACAAUAAUUUACGUUUACAUCGUUGUAAACCACUUCCUAGUCAUGAACCUUUCUUGGACAUAAAACCACGUCCGUGUACCUGCAAAGAGUCGGAUCUUUAUAGCAGCACAGCCUGCCUGACGGAUCGAAGUACCGACAGUUGGCUCGAAGGCGAGGAUCUACCAUUCGAGAUAGUUCCACGAAGUGGGACAAUGCUACCCGGAGAAUCUCUAGAAUGUACCCUAACAUUUUCACCCAGAGAUGUAUUUGAUUACAAAGCCUAUCUUAAUUGCAAGAUAGAAAAUCUUAAUCCAAAGUUAACAGAAUUAGUGAUCCCUAUCAAAGCAAGAAGUAUACUUCCUUAUUGUCACUUUGAUGUACCUGAAAGUGAUUACAUAUCAAGUGGCAAACGUGAUCGAAAAUUACCAGGACCUAUCGGGUACUCAAUGACCGACAUGAUUGUAGAAAACAUUAGAGUGAUCGAAUUGAAUGUGAUCGGUAUUGGUAAUGUUCACACGAAACGAUUUCCUAUGAUAAAUCCUACGACCGAUAAUUAUCAUUUUUCUUGGAAAAAUCAUACUCCUUAUUCCAUCAACGAGAUCACCAAUUUUCAAUGUUUAGUAUCGGAAGGUGUUGCAGAACGUGGGAAACAAACUGAAAUGGCAUUCACAUUUUUAUCAACUGACGUUGGCACUUUCGAGUCCUUUUGGAUAUUCUCAAUCAAAAAAUAUGAUCUAAAAUGUCUGUUUCUUUUUGUUGCUAUAGUUAAGGAACCUGUAGUAUACUGCACGAGGCCUUAUUUAAAAAUGAAACCUACUCUUCUGGACCUCGAAGUACAAGAUUCCGUGAGUAUUAUCAAUAAAGAAGAUUUUGAUAUUUCUUUUAAAAUAUCAGAAGAAAGUCUCUACUCCGAAGGACAUUAUCAAAAUAUUAUAGUGACACCAAUGAACGGUAUUCUUAAAGCGAAUGACGAGCAAACGUUUUGGAUUAAUUAUAAACCAAAGUUAGUAGGAGAGUUUCAUUUCUCUGUCCAAUGUAUCCUAAAAUUCUUAAGAAAUCCACUUAUAUUUUUUAUAACCACCACAACUUAUGACAUAAUGCCUUGCAUCACGUACAUUAACAAGAAGAAUGAGGAUAUCAAAUUGUUAGAUCAUCAAGAUAAUAUCAUCGACUUCGGCAAAAUAGUACCCAAAAGAUCUAAUAUCAUUAGAUUCAAAAUAAUCAAUUCAGGCAAUGUAACAUUUUACUAUACAUGGGAUCUUGGUAUGACACCAGAGAUCAUCAGUAUGAAUGCGUAUGUAAUAUCUAUAUCUGAAAGGAAAGGUCACGUUACAAGUGAAUCCCAUACAACUUGUUGUCUAACUUUGAUGGCUAAACGAAAAAUGUUUAUAAAAAAUCAUUGUGUUAUCCUAAAGAUCUUGAAAGGUCCAACUUAUCGGUUAAUUUUAAAAGCAAUUGCGUGUAAAGCUCCUAUAGAAUUUAGCUUUCGUCAAUACAAUUUUGGUCCCUGUUACGUGCGAGAAUCAUCACCUUAUCAAACCGAAUUGCGCGUGAGCAAUACUGGGAAUAAGCCUCUCAUAUUGGAAUGCAAGUUCGAGGAACGACCACACAUGUCGAUUAAUUUGAAUGAAUUAUCUCAAAUUUUGGCAGGCAAAUCCAGCAUAAGUAUUCCUAUCAAAUUUCAACCUAUGCAGGAAAUUAAUUACGAAGAAAUUUUAACGUUUCUGAUCAAUUCGACUGUCGAGGAAAAUGUUAAGAUCACUGGCGAAGGGAUCAGUUACAAAAUCCGUCUGGUGAAUUCACAUGAUAAAAUAAUCGAAUUGGGUAAUGUACCGGUACAUAAGACGUUGAUAAAAAAAGUACCUGUGAUUAACGAGGGUCGGGCACCGGUUGAUUUGAAAUUCGAUCUAAUGAGCAAUCUAUUGCAAGACAAAAGAUAUGUAGAAAAAAUACCUACGUGUAUCCCAAAAUCGUACGAGGAAAUCAUAAGAUAUCAGGAAUAUGUAUCUAUGUUAAGAAGCAAAAAAUUUAACGAGGAUGAUAAAAGUCUUCGAAUGGAUAUGACAUAUGCUGCUCAAGCUCUGAUAAUUGAACCAUCCAAUAUGACGCAAGUUCGAACGAACGAAAAGAUAGAUUUGACGAUCAAAUUCAAAGCAACGUCUAGGAUAAACAUGUUUACUCAAAAAAUCGGAGCUAUGGUCGACUCGACCAUUUUCUCUCUUUUUAUACUUCGCGGUAGUUGCGUUGGACCAGAGUUUCGUUUAGACAAAACGUAUAUCGCAUUUGGUACCGUCAUUCAAGGUUGUAUCAGUGAAACUAAAUUGAUUUUGAUGAAUAUUGGCGAAGUAGGAGGAAAGUUUACAUGGAACACGUCGAAUUUGCCGAUCGAUUUUAAAAUUUCACCUAAAUCCGGUUACUCUUCUCCUGGCACCAACGUUCAUUUUAUCGUGAAAUUUGAACCGAUUCACGAAAGAAAUGUAAUUGAAGGAUACGCAGAAAACGUGAUAGAAAAGCUUGACACAUUAAAAAUAAAAAUAACUGGUGCUUGUAAAAAAUUACCGGAUCCGAUUGAAACAUUAUCUUUUAAGACUUUUGUUCGUUCGAAAGAAUCCAAAUCCAUAAACGUCUUUAACGAUACUGUAUUACCGUGGAAAUUAAAGCCAGAAAUAUCUGGAGAACAUUUUUACGUUGACAAUAUUCUCAAUAUUCCUCCGGAAGAGUCUACUUCCUGUACCGUCAUUUAUCAGCCACUUGUUAUGAAUACCGAAGACAAUCUUCAUAAGGUAAACGAACGUGCUAUAAUACAUUAG